AUGUUAGGGAAACGCAAGGAUACACCAGCAAUGGUGGCUCCGCUGAAAAUCGACACCUCCAGAGAAAUGGAGAUUUACUCGCGCGACGACAAAGAAGACGGCACCCACGGCAGCUCACAUAACAACCAUCUCGUGGGCGCAGAAGAGGACGAGGACGAGGACUUGGAUGAUGAUCCCUUCGAGCACCAGAGCUCAUCGCCCUCCAUUCACGAGGACGAAAUCGACUUUGACUACGUCUACGCCUUUAAGACGUUUGUGGCCACGGAAAAGGGCCAGGCCAACGCUGUCAAGGGCGACGCCAUGGUGCUGCUGAACGACUCCAACUCGUACUGGUGGCUCGUGCGGCUAGUCAAGGACUCAUCUGUGGGUUUCUUGCCGGCCGAGCAUGUGGAAACACCCUGGGAACGGCUUGCACGUCUCAACAAGCACAGAAACGGCGAGCUGGCGUCUCCAGCCAACGAUUCACAUGGCUUUUCGUCCUUUUUUGGCGCAGAAAAAGAGGGCAAGGGCUCCAACCCGUUCAAUAAGAUCUUCAAGAAGAAGGAAAAGGCCAAGAGUGUCGCCUUUAACGGCAACCCCACCUAUGUGUCGGCUUCCGAAUACGAGUACAGCGACGGUUAUGAAGGAGAGGAGGACGAUGAUACACACGACGAAGAACACGACUACGAAGAGAACGAGGAGGAAGAAGAGGAGGAAGUCGAGGAGGAAGACGACCAAGAUACAGAACGUGUGGUUCGGCAUUUGCAGCAGAAACAAACUGAUGCUCGCAACAAACCAGGACACAUCAACCCCCUGGUCGCCAAUGCUCACUCUCCACACAAUGCGCCACAGCCGGUUCUGUCGCCCGAUCUAGACAAGGCGCCCACUCCUCUGGUGGUUAACAAGGUGCGCAAGGCUCCUGCCAAUCUCACCGUUGACACCAGCUUGAGACCUGGAGGAACACCCAACGUCAUCGUGGCCAACAACCCCAACCACCCCAACUCCCAGGUGCAUUCGUCCUGGGAUGCCAAUGCAUCGAGUGAGGAGGAGGAGCAGGAAUCCAACUCAAACCUGACCAAGGAGGUCGGCGAGGAGAGUGGAAUCAGUGAAGAGAGCGUCAUCAUCACCAGUCAACGGCCUGCCAAUGCAUCAGCGGCAGCAGCAGCAGCAGCAGCAGCAGCAGCGGUAGUAGCGGCAGAUCGUUCGGCGGAUCGUUCGGCAGAUCGUUCUAUAGAUCGUUCAGUUGAACGGUCCAGGGCCGCAUCUCAGGGCUCGGUUGCAUCUUCCAUUCUGCCUCCUCCUUCGGAUCAUCGACUGUCUGUAUCUUCUCAGAACUCGGACAGUUCAGCCGUGAGUCAAGCGUCAGGCAAAAAGCGUUUCUCGUUGUUACGUGCAAAGUCUUCGGUGGACAAUUUGCAGCGGGCCAGUUCUGGAGGUUCAGCUACAGGCCGAUUGGUAGGACUUUUCAAGCGAAAAUCAAAGGAGACAAUGAAGAAGGGAUCCAAGGAGCUGGAGCCUGUGCGCUCACCGGCAUCCUCAGUCCACUCUGCAUCAUCUUCGGUGCAUCAAGCGGCUGACCAGAGCGAUCUAGCCAGUAUCGACGAGGAAGGAGAUAGUGCAAGUACACCUAACAGUGCAGGAGGAGUGGUUUCAGGAGUAUACCCUGUGAAACCGGGGUCGCAUAGAAAAGGCUCGUAUUCGUCCGUUUCGUCGGUUCGAUCCCAGGGAUCUCUUCUGUCUCAACACUCUUCGCAGCAACAGUCUCCCAUGCAGGCCCGACACGCGGGUCCUGCCUCCUCUGUGGCUCCCUUGGCUCCGAGGCCCAACCGGCCCAUGUCCCAGCCUGUCGUUCAAGCCCCCAUGGGCCCUCAGUUGCAUCACAGCCAUUCUGUCGGCAGUUCUCCAGCUACUCCUCAGUACCCAACGCAUCAGAAUAGCCAGCCUCAUCAACUACAUCACACUCAGGGACAGCACCCUCAUCAUCUCCAAAAACAUCUUCCUGGGCAGGCUCCUGGCCACUCGAGCUUAGGCCCCAUGCCUUCGUAUGCCCCUGGCAUGCAUGAGCAAGUUGUCAGAGGCAACGGCAAUGGUCCUAACAGUAAUGGUAACGGACACUUCCCCGGCCAGGCUCCUGGGCACGCCAGUCUAGGUCCUAUGCCUUCGCAUCCCCCUGGCCAGUUUCCUGGUCAAGGUAGAGGGCACACUUCGAUGGGUAGUUUCCAGCCCAAUGGAAUUAAUGGCAACGGAGCAGCUCCUCAUCUGCGUUCUGAUAUGCGGUCUGAUAUGCGAUCUGAUAUGUACUCUCGAGACUUGCCUCAGAACAUUGACGAUGCGCAUAAUGGUCAUAGGCAGCCUGGUAGCGAACGGCAAUCUAACAACCCCUUCCCUGAGCGACAGUCCAGCAGCAGUCCUUUCCCGGAAAGACGAGAUAGCAGACAGCAAAUGCAACAGCCUCAAGGUGAGUCUCAUCAUCACCACCACCAUCCGCUGGCACAUCCAGACCUCCCCAGGGCUCUUUCUCCCGAACGCCAAGUUGGCCGAAUGACUCCGGAGGAGCGUCCUUUGCAUAUUGUUCGUCCCCAGGUGCAAUCUCAGACUCCCACGGGUCCUUUUGCCGAUCUGUCUCCCCUCAAGACCUUCAACCGCGAGUACGGUUCAUCCUCCACUCUGGGAUCUAGCCAGGGACUUCCUCCAGUGUCGCCCAUCAAGACUGUCAACAGCGGACGAGUCACUCCCACUUCUCAGAUCCCUACCCCGUCUCAAGCAUCUUUCUACAAUGAGCAUGGUGAGGUAGUUGAAGCUGAGUCGAUUCGGGCUGUUGACUCGGAUGCAGUUACGUCUCCGGUUGGCGGUAUGUCUGACGUUACUUCUCCCAUCAGUGGCAUGUCUGACACGGUGACCUCUCCUAUGGAAUCUGAUCCCUUUGGAGUCCAUGAUCCUCGUACAAACACAGCUGCGCCUCCAUGGCCCUCGGCUAUUGACACGAGCAGCCACCACAACCAGGGUCUGGGCGACGAUGUGGAGAUUGAGUCGAUCGGCUCCGACCUCUCCAGCUCGCAUGACGGCAACUACGACAACCACUUGCAUCCCCAUGGAAUCCCUUCCAAGGAACAGACUCCCUCAGUGGUGUCGAUAGUGUCUUCGUUUGACGAUGAGCUGGAGACCCCCACUGUGGCUGUGGCCAAACACAUGAGUCUGACACCGCAGUUGGCUGGUUUUGAGGCCUCCGAGUUUGCGGGACGGUCUACUCCUGAUGCUAGUGAUGCCCGCACUCCCCAGCUCGAGAAUAUUGAUGAUGCUGACGAUAACAAUGGAAACACCACUCCUCAUGUUGGCGCUGGAGACCGUGAUGAUUCCAAUGAGAGCGAGAUUGGCAACAGUACAUUGACUCGUGCCCCUGUGGCCAAUCUUGAUGCCCCUAGUGCUCCUACACCUGUGGCACCCCUGGCUCAUCAUCGAAUCCAGCCUGGAAACGUAUCCACGCAGUCGGUACAGUCGUUUGCCACGGCUCACAAUGGCUUCUCUUCUGCUUCUCUGGCGUCGUCGUUCUCCACAUCUUCUCUCUUGGACGGCUACGAGCAGCGAAGUGAGGAGACUGUGGAUGAGUCCCCUGUGUCCGAGAUGGCUGAGGCGCCUGGCUUUGGUGAGCCCAAGGCGUUGAACGACUCUGGACAUGGUCGAGCGGCCAGCGAUGCCUCUACCAGCACCAUCAGACGAAUCCCCAUUAACAAGUCCAAGCGAUAUUCCACCACGCUGCAUCCUGAUAUUGCCAACGUGUACAAGGGCACCAACGACCGGCUGGAUACUCUCAACGACAAGGUUGACAUGCUGCUUCGCCAUUUGUCGUAA